GCGAAGGCCGAGCCGCGGGGCGGGCGUCCCCGUCGCUGCCCAGCCCGCCCGCGGGCCUGCGGCCUUCGGGCCCUCAGGUGGGGGCCAGAGGUGACGAUCGGUGAAACCAGAGAGAACCUGAGCUCUCCCGUGGCUCCGCAGGGACCCAUGGUGGGUGCCUGGCGUGACAGGUGACAGGCCUCAGUGGCAGGACCAUGGCAGGCCGUGUGAAGUGGGUCACUGACAUUGAGAAGUCCGUGCUGAUCAACAACUUCGAGAAGAGAGGGUGGAUCCAAGUGAAUGAAAACGAGGACUGGAACUUCUACUGGAUGAGCGUGCAGACCAUCCGGAAUGUGUUCAGCGUGGAAACCGGGUACCGGCUGUCGGACGAUCAGAUCGUCAACCACUUUCCCAACCACUACGAGCUGACCCGCAAGGACCUGAUGGUGAAGAACAUCAAGAGGUACCGCAAGGAGCUGGAGAAGGAGGGCAGCCCGCUGGCCGAGAAGGACGAGAACGGCAAAUACCUCUACCUGGACUUCGUGCCUGUCACCUUCAUGCUGCCCGCCGACUAUAACCUGUUCGUGGAGGAGUUCCGGAAGAGCCCGUCCAGCACGUGGAUCAUGAAACCUUGCGGCAAAGCCCAGGGCAAGGGCAUCUUUCUCAUUAACAAGCUGUCGCAGAUCAAGAAGUGGUCCCGGGACAGCAAGACGUCCUCGUUUGUGUCUCAGUCCACAAAGGAAGCCUAUGUGAUCUCGCUCUACAUCAACAACCCGCUGCUCAUUGGUGGCCGGAAGUUUGACCUGCGCUUGUAUGUCCUGGUGUCCACGUACCGCCCCCUGCGCUGCUACAUGUAUAAGCUCGGGUUCUGCCGGUUCUGCACGGUGAAAUACACCCCGAGCACCAGCGAGCUGGACAACAUGUUCGUUCACCUCACCAACGUGGCCAUCCAGAAGCACGGGGAUGACUACAACCACAUCCACGGGGGAAAGUGGACGGUGAGCAACCUGCGCCUGUACCUGGAGAGCACGCGUGGCCGGGAGGUGACCAGCAAGCUGUUCGACGAGAUCCACUGGAUCAUCGUGCAGUCCCUCAAGGCCGUGGCGCCGGUGAUGAACAACGACAAGCACUGCUUCGAAUGCUACGGCUACGACAUCAUCAUCGAUGACAAGCUGAAGCCCUGGCUGAUCGAGGUUAACGCGUCCCCAUCGCUCACCUCCAGCACCGCCAACGAUCGAAUCCUCAAGUACAACCUGAUUAAUGACACCCUCAACAUCGCGGUCCCCAACGGCGAGAUCCCAGACUGCAAGUGGAACAAGUCCCCCCCAAAGGAAGUGCUUGGCAAUUACGAGAUUCUGUACGACGAGGAACUGGCCCAGGGUGACGGGACCACUGACCGAGAGCUCAGAAGUCGCCAGGGCCAGCCGCAGGGACUCAAAGGAAGCCGGCUGAGAGACUCGAGGACCAUCCUCAACACGUGGAAGUGACCUCCAGCCCGGCCCCGCCCUGCUCAAGGCCUGUUUUGGAGCUCCCUUUUUCUAGAAUGCUUCUCUUUUCCUGAGCCCUGUAAAUAAUUAUUUAAUAAAGGCGCCUCCGCCGAGGGCCAAGGAGUCUGCUCCGCCGGGAGGCGCCCCGCCACGGCGGGAGCCUGAGAUGUCACAGCCCGAAGCAUUCGCAGUUCUUCAGUCUUGCACUAAACCCAGCACGUCCAAAAACAAAACCUGCCCAUCUUGCAGAGAUAGCAAGGAAUUUAAUCUGCUGGAAGUCCUUUUCGCUUAAUUCUGGAGAAGUUGGGCAUUUCUCCGCAAAAGGCUGCUGUCCAGUGCUCCCCGGGCCUGCCCUGUCGCUUCAGCCCCUCCGCUGUGAGGUUGGUAACAGGAUCUAGUUCUUGUGAUACUGUGCUGCCCAGGCUGGCUUCAAACCGUGGUCCUCGUAUCUCAGCCUCCUGAGU